GCUGCCAUUACUAUUAGCAGAACCUAUGUAGUAUCAUCUGGCUGUCAGAAAACAAGUGGAAAGAUGCAGAGGAAGAAAGUCGUCAAAGUAAAGAAGACAAAAAGCGGGAAAGGAAAGAAAGGCGGUAAAAGGGAGUCCAAAGCGGACAAACAGUUGGACAUUGAGAAAGGUAAAGCUAAUAUUGCCCUAUGGGAGCUAAAGUUACGGCUAACCAACCAAACUCUCACGGAGUAUCGCGAGAGCUGCCGCCAGCUGGCUUGCGCCAACGAUGAGCUGACCAAUCAGCUGUCACACGCUGAGCGGGAAAACCUGGACUCUACAGCCUACUGGCAGCGGCUGGAGGCAGAUAAAGACGAGAAGAUUAAUGUGCUCCAGAAGUCACUCAAAAGUCAAGAGGCGCUUGCUUGUGAACAACAUAACAAACUAAUUGAACAUUACACACUUGAAAUCAAUGAGAUGAAGGAACUGUUCAGAAAGAGAGCAGGUGAGUUUGAGAUGAUACAGGAUGGCAUGAAGAAGAUUGAGGAGUUCCAGACAAGGAAAGCGGAAAUGGAGCAGGAGCUCAGCGAUAUCCGUAAAAGCAUGGAACUCACUGAGAAGGAGUACCGGGAAAACCUCAACAAUAUAGAGUACAGAUUCUUCAAAGAAAAGGCUCGUCUGGAGAAGGAUGCUGAACAAACUAUAGCACAGGUGGAAGAGCAGGCCCACCAUGAAGCUGUUGUACAGCUGGAUGACGCCUCAUGCUGUGUGUUUAAGGAGAACGUCCGGCUCAAUGAGACACUGAAACACCACAUGAAGGAGGUAGAAGGCCUACAGAAACUGGCAAACUCACUGGCAAAUGAAAAUGCAUCCCUAGCGCUGGACAAGAAGACACUGGAGAUGAUGGCAAAGAAGAAUGCAGCCCAGAUGGUGGCCCAAAAAGAAGAGCUAAGCCACUUGAAAGUACAGGUUGCUUCUCUGGAACAAAAAAUUGGUGAACAAGACCAUUACAAGGAGAAGAUGCUUGUCAGUUCUCAGACCAGCGACGUAGAGUUGGAGAAACUCAAGAGGGUGCUCUCCAUACGGGAGAAAGAACUGAAGCACAUCAAGAGGUUAGCGAGCGCCAUUGUGGAGCAGCGCACGGAGCUGGAGCAGUUCUUCCACGAGGCGCUGGCUCAGGUGAAGGAGGAGAUUGUUGCCAGCCGGCUGCAGUACAAGAAGGAGGCGCAGCAGGCUUAUCACUUAACACUCAAACAGGCCACUGCCGGAAAGCUCAGGUUCCCACCCAUACGCACCUUCCAUAACACACCUCACAGUACCAAUUCUGUUUAUUCGGACAUGGAGAAGGCUGCUCGAUGGACGCAUCAGCUCGGGAGUCAAGUGGAAAUGUCAGACCUGACGUGGGAACAGAGGGAGCAAGUUCUUCGACGUCUGUUUGCUAAAAUGAACAGACAAAGGACAAGGAAAGCCAACAAUCGGGUGGCGUCCCCGUCUGAGGAGACGUUCCUCGCUGACAGUCAUGUCACUGGAGAGGAGCUCUGCGCGCCGUCAACCUUCAUUACUCAGGCGCCUGACUCCCUCCUGCCCACGAACCCAAACGAUGGAUAGACGCACGUGACCUCUCUGUGGCCUUUUGUCCACAAUUAUACUUUGGAUUGUCUCUGAUUUGCGUGCAUCACAUGUGAUUAUCACGAUAUGAUCUGUGUAUGGUGCAGUGUUAUUUUAAAUACUCAUGCUUGCAUGUACUGUAUGUGGUCUCUGUAGUUACUGUAACUAUAUUAACUACAAAGAAAAGCAUUGGGAUAUAUGUCUUUAUGAAAUAAGUGUUGGUACACUCUGACCUUAUUGUUCAUCCUAAAAACACAUUGUGGAUUCUAUGCUUCCAACUUUAUGUUUAUAGUUUAGGGAAGCUCCUGCUCAGUUUCUCAAGGCAAGGUCCAUACAUUUUCCUGUAGAAAGUCUUUCCAGAAAAGUGGGAUACAGUUAUAGCUGCAAAGAGGGGAUCAAGUCCAUAUUUUCCCUUCCCUGCAGCGAAUAUAAUUGCCAGGUACCCCAAUAUGUUUGUGUGUAUAGCCGAUUUAAUGUAGAGAUAAAUAACAGCAUUAUGUGCACAAAACAUCAUUCACUCAACUGCACACUUUGAAAAGGUAAAUUCUGUACUGGGCUUAGAAUUCAUCUAUAGAGUGCAACCUUUAAAAAGGGGAACUACUAUUUAUUAACCACUGAGUCUUUUCCAUGUCUUAUGGUCAGUUUGAACUGAUGGCUUCUCUAGCGUCCCAUGGUUGGCAUGGUAACUGCUGGACUCUUGAGGGUGGCGUCCUCAGCUUUCCAUUGUGAGGUUAUGGUUUUGAUCUGCGUAUAGAACUGAAUGCCCUGGACACAAAUAAACAAAAGC